GGCAAUGAAUAUAUGUAUUCUGUGGCGUUUUUUGUUUAUCUGUUGUACGCACGUGUUGUUGUGCUUCUGAGUUUCUGUUGAAAAGUGGGUAUAAACAAAUGUGUAGUGUAUCGUAACUCCUUCUAGCCGGUACUGUUUGUUUUGUUCAAGAAAUGGGCAAAACUAAAAAGAUCAAGCAAGAGCCUGGUGCGGAAAAUGAACCAGCAGCUGAGGAGCAAGAAACAGCAGAAAUUCUCGAUGUUUCCACAAUUAAGAAGGAAGACUUAAGUUAUGACGAGAAGUGUGCAUUUGCUACGUCGAUUGCAAAACCAAUGGCCUCAAGGAAGCUUGCAAAGAAACUGUAUAAAUUAAUUAAGAAAGCGGCAGCCCACAAAACAUAUCUGCGGAAUGGUCUUAAGGAUGUACAGAGGAGGAUAAGGAAGGGAGAAUCAGGAAUUGUGGUGUUGGCAGGGGAUGUGACACCAAUUGACAUAAUGUGCCACCUUCCAGUUGUCUGUGAGGAUAGAAAUAUACCAUAUGUGUAUACACCAUCACGUCAAGAUCUUGGACAAGCUAUGGGUGUGAAAAGGAGCUGUAUUGUCAUGAUGGUGCGUGAACAUCAAGAAUAUAAAGAUACUUUUGAUGAAUUAGCAAAAGAACUAAAGACAUUGACUUACCCAAUUUAAAUGCUUUUGCAUUUUGUUGUUGAAUAAUUAUUGAAUAAAAUCUCCGAUCUCAUUAGAGAGAACAAAUGUGGGGGAACCGGGAACAGUUACUGUAAAUGACUAUGGAUUUUUCAAAAAAUAUAUAUUGAAUUUAAUAUGAACUGUUGCACACAACUUGACUGUGACAUUGCUUUGGUAAAGUGAGAAAUCUUUGUUCGUGAAAGUGAGUGCAUUAUUAAUAAAAACUGACUUUGAUGUAUCAUUAAUGCAUAAGUCAAUGAUCAAAUAAACCAUUAAUUUUAACAGAGGAUAUAAGAUUCAAAACAUUACAGUGUGGUGAAGAAAAAUUAGGCAUUGCCAUUUGACUUUAUUUUGUUGAUAUUGAGAUACCCUGCAUAACAUAACAGUAAUGGUUACCAAACAUUGUUACAAUACUCAUGAAAUUAACACAGAAAUUAAUUUUCCAUUUGAAAGUUUUCUAAUUUAGCUAAGUUGGUUAAAAGGUUUAUGCAAAAUAUACAUUUCUUUACAGCUUUUGUACAGAUUUUUUAAUUCUCUCAGUGCAGCUUAACAGCUAUUUUCAUAUCACAAAACAGCUAGUGUAUCUCAUUAUGUUAAAUUUCAUUAAUUGUUUCAAAAUGAAGAUAAUACUUCAGUUAUUGACCAACAUUAUAUAUGGAAUGUGAGCAAAUGGAUGGCACACUGCUUUGGCGCUUGUAAUGAGAUCAAAAUUCAGUCCAGAUGUUACCUUCUGGAAGCAACUUAUUUCCAGCAAACAAAGAUUAUUUCAAAGUAUUUAUUUUAAAUCUGUUUCUAGUAUUAACCACUGCACUUUUCCUUUUGCUGCAAAUAAUUUGGUCCAUCAAAUUCAGAAAAAAGGCCAAUUAUUGGGCUUUAAAAGCAGCUAUUUAACUGCCAAAGAUUAUUACAGAACAACUAUGUGCCAUGAUGUUGUAAACAGACAAUGCAUAUGUAGAUGUAACUAUUUGAAUUUUGUGCAUGAACUAUUCUGAAUAAUUGCAGUAACCUUCAUGGAGGAUUAUUUGCUGCAUAAAGCCUACCUACUCCACUUAUGGAGGAAUGCCAAGUAUGUUUGCUGACUUUAAAUUGAAAACAUAUUAUACAAAGUGGCCAUUCUUUUUUAACUUUUUUAAGUCACAUCAGUAAACAUAAAAAAUAAGUGGUGCAGUUUCCUAAGUACAAAAGCUAUGGGAGAUCAGUAACAGAUCUGAAUAUGUAAUUAAAUAUGUGGUGUUGCAGUAUUUUUUAAUGGGUCUUUUUUCUCCUUUUUCUUUCAUUUCCAUUCAUUUUUGGGAAUAAUCAGUAUAACACCAUCAAACCAAAGAGAAAAGGGAAAAUAUUCAUUAACAUCUUUUAUAGUAAGUGCCUAAUUUAUUGGUUUGUAGCCAUCAGCCAAAUCAGUAACCACUGAUGUGAGAGAACCUAAGCUUUUGUAAAAAGGUUCAUAUAGCUAAUAACUUAUUGUGACAACAUUCAGCCUUUGUUAGUUUGCUUUGAGAAUACUGCCAGUAAUGGAUAUUGACAUUUCUGUAAAAUGUCGAUAUGUACAAAAGUGCUUGUUUUCACCCCUAGUAAAAUAUUCUCACUUUACUUACCAGCUCUAGUAGCAGUAUAUUGCCUAUUCCUACAAACACAUAUUACUGAGUACUAGUGUGUGUGUGUACUUGACUGGUGAAAAUAGAAAAGGACAAGAAGUGAAUGUUCCAUAUAACAGGGGCUACACAUAAUACCAAAAUAUUUAGUGUAUUCUGGGAAAUAUAUUCAAUUACAACAGUGUGCAUGAAUUCAUUUCAUUAUAUUAUUUGUGCCUGCAGAAAAAUUUAGGCAUGGCAGGGUUUGCAUGUGGUAGGCAUAUCUGCUCUAGGUAAGCAUUUACAUUUGAUAUUCAUGUGUCCUUCAUACACCAGAUUCAGUGAUCACAUACACAUUAUGCUACUCAUGAACAGCUUCCAGCUUCCAUUCAUUCUACGAACAAUUAUUAGUAUAAAAAACUGUUCAGUUAUGUACAAUAGCAAGGAAUAUUUGGAAAACAGAACAUGUUGAUUUGAAUACGUGACUAAGAAAAAGAGAGCUUUCAUUCUUUAAAACUAAAAUUACGCAGAUUAGGGCUUUGAAAUCUCCUUUUCCGUCAACUAUGAACUAAACUUAAGUCUGGAUUACUGCCAGUUUUCCUGAAAAAUGGGAGUUAAUUUGAAGAGUACUACAAAAUAACUCCACAAUUCUUUUAAGCUCUUGAGCAGUAUAUAAGAACAAAGAUACAACAAUUUUUUUGUAGCAUAAAAAUAUUUUACAGAUUUUAUCACAGUGCAAACUUUCCGUAAAAAUGCAGCUUGAAAGUGAUGAACAUUCAUGACUUACAAAGUAUUGGUAAACAAAUGUUUAUUAACUAGUGUCCAUAAUACAGAAAGACUGCCUGAGAUGCAGAGCAAGGCAUGUGUGCUAUAGCAUGUGAAGUGAGAUUAAGAAAAACUAUACAAAAGCAACAUGUAAACAUUAUUUCAACCCUACAUUUCUUCUGUCUGCUCAGAAUACUGAUGAUAUUGGUGACACACACAGUUCACUGUAUCCAUUGUAACACAAAAUAGACAAGUUGGUGUACCAUUUCAAUGCAAUACAAUUGCCGUAGAUGCAACAUUUUCAAAUCAGUCAGAUCUUUCCUGGAUUGGUGCAGCAGAGCUACUUUUUCCCCGUUUACAUAUUCAAAAACAUUUGUUAAUGAGUGACACUAAUGGGUUUGAUUUUUGAUUUAAAAGAAUAAAAUGUGAAGUUAUCAUAAAGUUGCUAAACAGUUAUUUACAAGUGAAAUGAAUA